ACGUAAGCGUUUCCACGGGCCAGAUAUAAUAAAGAAAUUAAAGAGAAUAUUGUGCAAUCAAUGUAGAUAUUUCUCAAUGCCGAAUAAUCGACUUGGUAAAAAUAGAUUGGGUUGUCUGUGCGUUAAUCGCAUUUUACAAAGAACAAUCUCUGUACAUAUGAGCAGAAAAUCAAGCGGGGCUAUUGGGAACAAUGAGCUAUUGAUUAGCGGUGUUACAAAGAAAAUUUUAUGGACUUAUACUUGUUAGGAACAAAUAAAUUGUUGGAUGAAAAAACUUUGUAGCUAUAAUUUUAGAGAUAAUCACUUUUGAUUUCAAAACGGAUUAUCAAGGUCAUACUGGAGACUGAUGCGAACUACUCGAAGGGCACCACAUAUCAUCGUAUCAGGAGUUCAGGGUCGUAGGUUAUUAAACAUGGUAUAUACUAAUUUAAUUUCAGAUGAGAUAUCAAUUCUAGUACUGACAUAUUCACUUCGCACUACAAGAUGUUUUCACGGGCAAGAACGAUUAUUAUAAAAAUUGGAAAUCGAAAUUAUGGAAAACUUGGCAUCGUUGGAGUUCCCUUUGAGGGAGGACAACGAAAAGUUGGCGUUGCCAGAGGACCACAGGUCAUCAGGGCAGCGGGUCUUAUCAGAGAACUAGAAUCCUUAGGAAUUGAUAUCAAAGAUUAUGGUGAUCUGACAUACGAGGCUGAAAAUGUGACCGUAUCGAAUAUGACCAAAAUGGGUCACUUUGCUGGGUGUACCAAAUGUCUGUCAGAAAAGGUGCAAGAAAUUCUUCAUGACGGUAGACAGGUAUUAACCCUUGGCGGUGAUCACAGCCUGGGCGUAGGAAGUAUAGAUGCGCAUGUGAAGGUUAAAAAAGAUGUUGCUGUUCUCUGGAUAGACGCUCAUGCAGAUCUGAAUACAAAUGCAACCAGUGAGAGUGGCAAUGUACAUGGUAUGCCGGUAGCAUUAUUGACCAAAGAGCUCUCUGAUUACUGGCCGUAUUUGCCUGGCAUGGAUUGGCAACAACCCGUGCUAUCAAUCAGAAAUGUGGGCUACAUUGGCUUGAGAUCGGUCGAUCGCUAUGAAAGAUUAGUGAUAGAAAAAUUUGGAAUCAAUGCCUAUGGAAUUAGAGAUGUUGAAAGAUAUGGAAUACAUGAAGUGGUACACAUGGCUCUGUCCAGAGUAGAUCCGGAUAGUAAUAAAUCGAUACAUGUCAGUUUUGAUAUCGACAGUCUCGACCCUCUGGAGGCACCGAGCACCGGAACUGCUGUUCGUGGAGGUCUCACCUUGAGGGAGGGUGUUCACCUGAUGGAGGAAAUUUACAACACAGGAAGACUAAAUGCGGUCGAUUUGGUCGAAGUCAAUCCCCAAAUAGGUUCUGAACAUGACGUUGGAUUGACAGUCGCAGCUGCGAUUCAAAUCAUUCAGGCAGCCUUCGGGUACAACCGACGUGGACUCAAAGUUCCGGAUGGCAUAACAGACAUACCGUUACAAACGUUCAAAAAAUAGUCAGUAAAUCUCGCGAACGAUGACUCACGUUCAAUCGUUAGAUUUUGGUUUGUAUUGUACUGAACAGAUAAAAUAUUACAGAUAAUCGUGAA